AUGCCUGCCCAAGGUGUCGCCGCCGUGCUCCCUCCUCAGCAGGGCGCACCCGGCCAACGCCAGCAGCAGCAGCAGCAGCAGCAGCAAGGUGGCGGCUUCAAUUUCAAACGCCUUCUCUUCGGUGCCGGUCUCUACUUUGCCGUGAAUGCCGGCAUCAGCUGGUAUUUCCAAAAGGACCAGCGCGGCGUCACCGUCGAUGAUCCCGCCACGGGCAAGCCGAUCCGCGUCACCUCCAACACGGGCGACAUCCCCGCCUUCCAGCUGCGGCCCAGGACGCUCGACGAGGGCGCCCAGCGCGCCGCGCUGCCUAAGCUAGUUGCGCCCAUCUGGCCCCAGGACAGCCGCGUCGACAUUGUCGUCACCGUGUCGCCCUCGUCGAACCCGGCCCCGAUCGCCCAGACGGCCGCCGAGUACGUCGUGCUCAACGAGAAGCGCUUCCACAUGGGCAACAGCUCCGACAAGCGCCACGUCGACGGCCGCUUCGCCGUGCCCCGCGAGGUUCAGCACAACGGCACCCUUUGGGGUCACUUCUUCGUCGGCCUCGCUGGCAGCGCCCUCGACCCUCACGACCCGGCCUGGAGCAGCGACACGGCCUACCACAUGGCCUACCCGCUGACUCAGUACCUGCCCAAGAAAAAGGUGGCCAAGACGAGGAGCCUGCUCGGGUCGCGCAGCGAGGAUGACGAGGCCGAGCUUGACAUUCCCGAGCCCAAGACUCCAAUUAUUGCCAACCACUACCACCCCAAUGCUAGUCUAUCGUUUAUCCCGGGUGUCGGCGUCAAGGAGCUGGCGACCAUGCCGCCGCCCAUGAAGCAUUUCAUUCGCCUCGAGAGAAGCGGCGCCCGUGACGGCAGCGGCCAAAAUGGCUGGUACUACCCGCUUCUGUUCGUCAACACCUUCUGGCAGCUCAACAAGGACAUGAUUCCCCUCAACGACACUGUCAAGGAGCUACCUAUCCGCAUUGAUCUCAGCAACAUGGCUGCCUGGCAGUUUCAGAUCAUGGCCAACAUUGAGAUGAACUCGAAAGAAAACGCGCGCCAGGCCGCCUUUGGCAAUCCUGUCCCCGGCACCGGCGAUGGCUCCGAGAUUGAAAUGGUCAAGGAGAUUCUCAUCGAUAACAACCCCAUCCUGCUGGCCAUUACCGCCGUCGUCACCGUUGCCCAUCUCAUCCUCGAGACGCUGGCCUUUGGCUCCGACAUUGCGCACUACCGCAAGAAGAAGGACAAUGUCGGCAUUUCCGUACGCUCCAUUCUGGCCAACGUAUUCAUGCAGGCCGUCAUUUUCUUGUAUCUGCUCGACAAUUCGCAAAACACGAGCUGGAUGAUUCUCGGCUCCCAGGUCGUUGGCAUCGUCAUUGAGUUUUGGAAGAUUACCACCGUCGUCGACGUCCGCUGGCGUGCUACCCCUCCCGGCUCCUGGCUUCCCUACUGGUUUGUGCUGGAAGACAAGCACAAGCUCACCGAGACGGAAGCAAAGACCAAGGAGUACGACCAGAUUGCCUUCAAGUACAUGUACAUUGUGGCCGUGCCGCUGCUCAUUGCCUACGGCAUCUACUCGCUCAUGUACGAAACGCACAAGUCGUGGUACUCCUUCAUCAUCACCACGCUCGUCGGCUCCGUCUACACCUACGGCUUCCUCAUGAUGGUGCCCUCGCUGUACAUCAACUACCGCCUCAAGAGCGUCGCCCACAUGCCCGCCAAGGCCAUGAUGUACAAGUUUCUCAACACCUUUAUCGACGACCUCUUUGCCUUUACCAUUAAGAUGCCGCUGCUGCACCGUCUGGCGACGUUUCGCGACGACAUCAUCUUCUUUGUCUACCUGUAUCAGAAAUGGGCCUACAAGACGGACUACUCGCGCGUCAACGAGUUUGGCCAGGGAGGCGACGAUGACGAGGAGCCCAAGCUGGUGGGGGACAAGGAGAAGAAGGAAGAGGCCAAUGUAGAGGCCAAGAAGAAGGCUGUCAAGGAGAUUUUGGAAGAGAGGGCCAAGUCCAAGGCCAGCGGCGUUGAUACGCGCGGGGCGACCAAGAGAAAGUGA